UAUUUGACUUGCAGCACGAAACAAUCAAUCCCAGACGGACGGAUGGAUGAAGAUUUUUUUUAAAAACAGCGCGGUGUUUCUUCCUAUUUUUUAUUGGCAAAAGCAUUUAAUUGUUCCAAUCCUUUUGUAAAGUUGGAUUCCUGGGUUCAUAUAACGAGAUGUCUACAAAGAAACUAGCCAAAGAACUGGGAUUAUUGAGGCAGCGGAGCCAGUCCUCUUGUGGAUCCAGGAAAUCGACUGUAACAAAUCAAACAUUUUCCUACCUGAUUGUUAUUGAUUUUGAGUCAACUUGCUGGAGAGAGAAAAACAACUAUGGGCAGGAAAUAAUUGAGUUUCCUGCUGUUCUGUUGAACACGUCCACCGGGGAGGUCGAGUCUGAGUUUCAUACGUAUGUUCAACCGCAAGAACACCCCUUUCUGUCCGAGUUCUGCACUGAGCUUACUGGGAUCACUCAGAUGCAAGUCGAAGCGGGGAUCCCCCUUCAGAUCUGCCUCUCUCGAUUUAGCCGCUGGUUGCAAAAUCUUAAACUUGAGAAGGGUGUGGUCUUUCCCGACCGACAACAGAAAUCCUCUGCACCUUCACCCUCUCAAAAACUGUGUGCCUUUGUCACAUGGUCAGACUGGGAUCUGGGAGUUUGUCUGCAGUACGAGUGUAAACGUAAGCAGCUCUACAAACCUGACAUGCUCAACAGCUGGAUCGACCUGAGAAGCACCUACAGACUGUUUUAUGAUAGGAAACCUAAAGGCCUUAAUGGGGCACUACAGGAUCUCGGAAUACAGUUUUCAGGAAGAGAACACUCUGGUUUGGAUGACUCCAGAAAUACAGCUCAGUUGGCAGCGAGGAUGAUGAGGGAUGGGUGUGUGAUGAAGAUUACCAGAAGUCUGGUGAAGACCCAAUUAAAGGUCAAACCUUUGUUUGGGAACACAACUGCAGACAACAAGAAAGAAGAGAACAGCAGCAGAGAGGAAAACACGCACAACACAAACAAACCCUCGUCAUGUAAGAUUCCCCAGAAAUUACGUGACGUAAAACAAGGUUUAGAAAAAGUUACAAAAGACAAAGACGGGAAGGAGAACACAAGUCCAGUCCGUCAAAGCCUGAUCUCACCCAAAACACUGCUGAAUGAGACGACUACGACAGUGUGGGGACGCAGCAGGAGGUCUAUCGCAGCACAGGCUGUCCCUGAUAUUUCUUCUUUGGUUAUGAUAAAUCCACCACACAACAAAAACAACAUCAGCCUUGUUCUGUGCUCGACUACUAUGGGCUGCCUUACAAAUCUGCCUCGGACAAACCAGCAGUCAAGCACAGCAGCAGCAGUUGGUGCUUGGGAAGAAGAGGAAGGCGCAGAACUUUUUGUGGAAACGGAGGACAGAUGUGGUUCAUAUGAUGAUGUGGUUUUGGAGGGUGAUGUUGAAUUUAUUAAUGAAACAGAUGAGGCUUUUGAUACUGAGUAUGUGUCAGGUUUUGACUGCGAAAAUCAUGUCUUUGAAGAAGAGCCUGAUAACACACAUUCAGCGGCAGAUAUCAGAUCCAACAUUACUGUUUCCAAUCGCUUAAACGGAAUCAGGCAGAAUUCAACAAUCUCAGAAUCCAAUUUUGAGUUUGUUGUGCCAAAACCUCCGGACUCCAAAUCAAACAAGCACAAAACAGGACUUCAAACCUCUUUGCAUUUACAAGAAAAGUCAAACGCAACCAAUACAAACUCAAAAACAAACACACCCUUUCCUUUCAGGCAUAAACCCUGUAUCCCAGAAAAGACCUCCACCCCUUAUACUUCCUUUGCCAAACCCAAACCAGUCAUCACCAAACCUGCGAAACACAAAGUAACCCCCAAGUCUUCUUUUAAUAUCUACACUGACCUAGAAAAACGUUCCUCUUCCUCCAUGUAUGGCUCCUUCUCCACUUCCAAGAAUGUCCUCUCUUCUUUGUCUACGAACACACUUUCCUCACGUGCCAAUCAGUCCUCAAUUACUGGUCCAUUAAAAGAAAGACAAAAAAUCACUUCCCCUCUUUGUGCGUGCGGGCGUCGUGCAAAACGUCAAGUUGUAUCAAAUGGAGGUCCAAACCAGGGUCGAGGGUUUUAUUGCUGUCCGGUCCGCCGGUCAGGCAGCGGAGGCAGCAUCCAGAAGGGAUGUGAGUUCUUUAAGUGGGAAUCAGCUCUGAUGAAGAGCAGCUCAGUGUCCCCUGCUGCUUCCAGGUCCUCUGUCUCACUCUGUCAAAUGAACUCGACACUGAGCUGUGGUCGACCUCAAAGGUCAAUGAUAAGAAAGAGCUAUUGAACUGAAUGUCUAUGUUCUACCUUGGUUGAAUAAACCGUACAAAGUGAUCAAUGCACUA